GUACGAGGAAUUUGAAUACCUACUUUAUUGUAUGACUGCUGCUGUGUGUUCAUGCUGUCCCUUGUGGUAGUGAAACAGGCUGUGCCCGCUCUGCUUGUCACCACCGACGUUAGGUCAGACGCGUGUGCUGGACCAUUGAAUGGACCAGAAUGCUGCGCGAGCAGCCUCAUCGUCAACACAGCAGCAUUGGGAGGGACCAGGGCGCAGCUUAACUGGUCGGAUCAUGAGAGACUCUUAUGCCGUGUCACAGGUCACGAUACGCUCCCAUCCGCGAUAAGAGAAGAAGAGUGAGACUUCGUGCCGCUCCGGAAGUUUGUUGCCUUAGACAGCAUGUCGAUCUUGAUCUUCAGCCCUGUGUAUCAUUGUUGCCCAUUGAGCCGCAGACAAGGAUCCACGUCCACGAUCCUUUUCUACAAGAUACAAAGAUGGAACAAGGCUCUCGUUGCCUGGUCGGCUGACACCUAGGACAGAAUACAAGACAAGGCACCCAAAUCACAUCACGCGCCUCACUAUUCGCAUUGAUGGUGGUGUAGU